GAAAAAGGGCGCGAAGUGGGCGCCAUUGUCUUCGCCGACCGUUCAUCGCGUCCCUUUCUUCUUCUUCUUCCACAGUCUUGCCAACACUAGCGAUUUCUUUCUCAGCUCUCUUUCAUGGCUGCUGUUUGAUUCAUUUAUCAUUUUCUUCUGUUGUGUUCUUGAUAUCCUUUUCCGAAGUCGGAAGAUUGUCUUGUUAUAUCUUUCAAAUUCGUUUGGAUUUGAGGUUUUUUUUGUGGAUUGUUGCCAUUUCUUGUUCCGUUUGAUUCUUCUUGCGUUUUCAUAAUUAUGAGGGGAUCUGUUGAGCAAUCCACUUCCGAGAGGAACGAGGAUGGCGGAAAGGAGUGGAAGAAGAAGGAUCGUUCUAAUUGGCGGUCUGAGCAGAAGGCCUCUAUUUGGAGGGCAGUGUCUUGCAGUUCAGUCAAUGAAAUACCGAGGGAAGCAUCAGAGUGCAUGGAAAAUUGUAGAAUUGAUGCUAACUUAACAGAACCCUCAUUUUAUUCUUCUUUGACUCAAGAUGAAUGUCAAUCAAAUCAGCCAACCGAGCCUGGUUUCACCGGAAGAAAUAAGCUUUCCUUUAGUUCUUUGUCCCCUCUGCAUAUUGGCCAACAAGCAGAAUGGUCACAAAAUUUGAGAAACCAGCAUCAUUCCAUGGAUACUGGUCGAUGGGCUAUAACAUCAUGUCCGGAACAGAUUGCCAGUGGAAGUAUGCCUUGGAUAUCUAUGAACCAGCAUUCGCCUCCUGCUGAUGUAAACAGUCAAAGGAAAUAUUUUACGUCUCACUGGCCCCUGGAUGAUGUUAAUAGAGGCUUACAGAAAGGCGACAUAUUUAAAGCUUUGUUUCGUAUGAAUGCUCACUAUAGAGUUGAGGCCUACUGCAAAAUUGAUGGAAUACCAGUUGAUGUCUUAAUCUAUGGAAGUGCGUCUCAGAACAGAGCUGUGGAAGGGGACAUAGUUGCAAUGAAGAUGAAUCCUUUUUCGUUAUGGAGUAGGAUGAAAGGCACUAGUGAGGCCCAUGACAAUAUGCAUUCACUGGAAGAUGCCAAUGUUAUGUCCGACAGUUUUUGGAGUUCCCCUUCAGUUGAUCCCAUUGGCAGGAUCUGUGCAGUGAUUGAUUUAUUUCCUACAAAAAGACCAACUGGUAAGGUAGUAGCCAUCCUAAAGAAGUCUCGGCAGCGAGGAACUAUUGUUGGCCUUCUUAAUGUCAAGAAAUUCCUCUCCUUUCAUGAUUGUGGAUAUGUCCAAUUGAUGCCUAACGAUGCGAGAUUCCCGACAAUGAUGGUUUUUGCAGUCGAUUUACCCGACUGCAUCAAGAAGAGAUUGGACAAUGGUGAUGCCACAGUUGAAAGUGAGCUGGUGGCUGCACGGAUUGAUGAAUGGCUUGAAGAGAGUUCAGCUCCAAAAGCACUUGUCAUGCAUGUUCUAGGACGGGGAAGUAGAAUAGAGUCUCAUAUUGAUGCUAUUUUAUUUCAAAAUGCAAUUCUUACAUGUGAAUUCUCUCGUGAUUCAUUGUCUUGUCUCCCUCAUACCCCUUGGAAGAUCCCACAAGAGGAACUUCAAUGCAGAAGAGAUCUAAGAAACUUAUGCAUAUUUACUAUUGAUCCUCCAUCUGCCUUGGAUCUUGAUGAUGCUUUCUCGGUUCAAAAGUUAGCCAAUGGUAUCUUUAGAGUAGGCAUUCAUGUUGCUGAUGUAUCACAUUUUGUAUUGCCAGACACUGCCUUAGAUAAAGAGGCUCGAAUCCGAUCGACAAGUGUUCAUCUUCUACGACGCAAGAUACCAAUGUUGCCACCAUUACUCUCUGAGAAUAUCGGUUCACUUAACCCCGGAGUGGAUCGACUUGCGUUUUCAUUGUUUUUGGACAUCAACCAUUGUGGAGAUGUCGAAGAUUGUUGGAUUGGCCGUACUGUGAUAUGCUCUUGCUGCAAACUCUCAUAUGGACAUGCUCAGGACAUUAUUGACAGUUCAAAGGUUUUAGGACAUUGUGUUCCCCAGUUGCAUGGCCAGUCUACAUGGCUUGAUAUCAUUUCAUCUGUUAGAACUCUAAAUGAAAUUUCUAAAACUCUAAAGGAGAAGAGAUUUAGAGAUGGGGCUUUGAGGAUUGAGAAUCCCAAAAUAGUGUUUUUAUAUGAUGAAUUUGGAAUUCCAUAUGAUAGUACGUUUCAUGAGCGAAAGGAUUCGAAUUUUCUUGUCGAGGAGUUCGUGCUUUUGGCAAACAGAACCGUGGCCGAAGUGAUAUCCAGAACUUUUCCUGAUAGAGCAUUAUUGAGAAGGCAUCCUAAACCUAUAUUCAAGAAACUUACAGAAUUUGAAUCAUUUUGUUCUAAGCAGGGCUUUGAACUGGACACAUCCUCUUCAUUUCUGUUCCAACAGUCAUUAGAGCAGAUACGGAUGAAAUUUCAUGAUGAUCCUUUGCUGUUUGAUGCUGUGAUAUCCUAUGCUACAAGGUCUACGCAGUUAGCGAGUUAUUUCUGCAAUGGAGAGCUAAAAGAUGGUGAAAAUGGGAGCUAUUAUUCACUGGCUGUCCCUUGGUACACACAUUUCACGUCACCGUUGCGACGGUAUGCUGAUAUCGUCGUCCACCGCACACUUGCAGCAGCUGUUGAGGCUGAGGAGUUGUAUUUGAAGCACCAAAGUGAUGAACGGAUGAGAUGUUUUACUGGCAUGUAUUUUGACAAAGAUGCUGCUGACUCCUUAGAAGGUAGAGAAGCGUUAUCAUCUGCAGCAUUGAGGCAUGGAGUUCCAUGCUCUAAAUUACUUUCAGAUGUUGCUGUGCAAUGCAAUAACAGAAAAUUGGCUAGUAAGCAUGCUGCGGAUGCUUGUGAUAAGCUCUACAUGUGGGCUCUUUUGAAAGAAAAACAGAUUUUGUUCUCAGAUGCAAAGGUAUUGGGCCUUGGUUCAAAAUUUAUGACUCUGUAUAUACAGAAGCUGGCGAUUGAGCGGAGAAUAUACUACGAGGAAGUCAAAGAUUUGGCAAAUGAAUGGCUCGAUGCUACAUCUACGUUGGUGCUUAGUUUUCCUGACACUAGGCGCUCUCAUGGGAGUAGAGAUUCAAUUAAGUGGAAGGCAUUGGAAGAUGUUGCAUUGGUUAUUUCCCCUUGCGACCUGACUGUUCAACAGAGUACGCUUGAAGGAGAAGCAAGCACAGAGGGUGCUGCUGCUUCAGAUAGUGGAAUCAUCGAGCCUGCAGUUUUCCCCCUCACAGUGCAGCUCCUUUCAACGCUACCAGUAGCACUUCAUGCCGUUGGUGGGGACGAUGGAGCCAUUGAGAUAGGCGUUAGGCUGUACAUGAGCUCAUAUUUAAGGUAAUAACACAUGGUGGUGUGGUUGAUGUGGCAAACCAUUUGAUGCCAUUCCAGUGCGCCUAACUCUGUUUGUAGACAAGGAAAAUGAGUGCAAAGGUGCAUAAAAAUUGAAGGUGGUUUGUGGAUAAGGCCAUUGGUUUUUUGUUGGCCAGUUCCCAUUCACUGAAACUUAGUGUUUUUGAGACGAAACCGAUAAGAAUGAGAAAUAAAAGUGGAUCAA